UAACAUUUGCCUAUUCACCACAACAGCGUCCUCUUCGGCUAUAAAAGAAGGUCAAUCAAGGGCAUAUUGAAGAACUUGGAUAUCUCUACCGGUCGGUGUGAAUCGUAAAUUGUGGAUGUCAUUGUUAUCAACGUUGACUGUAAAUUGUAAUAUUAAACUUUUAAAGUUAUAUAUCUAGGAUUAAAAUGUCUUCGCGGUUUUCUUGUGUCGAAGCAGCCCCACCUGUAGAAAUUUUCGCUUUGAGUAGAUCUUACAAAGAGGAUCAAUUUCCACAAAAAGUUGAUCUUGGUAUAGGAGCCUACAGAACUAAUGAGGGAAAGCCUUGGGUGUUACCAGUAGUAAGAAAAGUUGAACAGCAAAUUGCUACUGAUGUUACACUGAAUCAUGAAUACCUGUCGCAGCUGGGAUAUGAAGAAUUUUCCAAAUCUGCUACAAAAAUGCUUUUAGGAAAUGAUAGCCCAGCACUUACAGAAGGGCGUGGUUUUGGAGUACAGUGCUUGAGUGGAACAGGUUCAUUAAGAGUUGGAGCAGAGUUUCUAAUAAACUGUGCAAAAUUUAAGACGUACUACAUGUCUUCUCCAACAUGGCCCAAUCACAGACUUGUGUUUAAGAAUGCUGGUUUUCAAGAUGGCAAGUUAUACCGAUAUUGGGAUGCUUCAAACAGAAAAUUGGAUUUAGAUGGAAUGCUAGAAGACUUGAAGAAUGCCCCAGAAGAUUCAGUUAUCAUCUUGCAUGCUUGUGCUCACAAUCCAACAGGAAUAGAUCCAACAAAAGAUCAGUGGAAACAGAUUGCAGAUAUAAUGGAGCAAAGAAAGUUGUUCCCAUUUUUUGACUGUGCCUACCAGGGAUUUGCAUCUGGAAACCUAGAAAAUGAUAGUUGGGCUGUCCGUUACUUCGUUUCUCGUGGGUUUGAACUAUUGUGUGCUCAGUCAUUUGCAAAAAAUUUUGGCCUAUACAAUGAAAGGAUUGGUAAUUUGACAUUGGUAUUCAAAGAUUCUUCGCCAGUUGUGAAUGUCCGUGCUCAGAUCACUUUGUUGGUUCGAGGAAACUACUCUAACCCUCCGGUACAUGGAGCUCGAAUUGUUUCAAAGGUCCUAAAUGAUGCAACCCUCUAUGAAGAAUGGCAAGGUCACAUUAAAGAGAUGUCUGGACGGAUCAAAGAAAUGAGACAAGCUUUGCGAAAUAAGCUAGAAGAACUAGGGACACCUGGAACAUGGGAACAUAUCACUAAUCAAAUUGGCAUGUUUUCUUAUACUGGACUUAACCAGCCCCAGGUUCAAUACUUGGUUGAAAAAUUCCACGUGUAUCUUCCCAAGAGUGGACGUAUUAGCAUCUGUGGUCUUAAUACCAACAAUGUGGAAUAUGUAGCUAAAGCUUUCUAUGAGGCAGUAUCUAAUGUACCAUAAAGCAACUGAUGAAUUCCUGCUAUUGUCAUCAAGUGUUAUAACAAUUUAUAGGGAUCAGUUUUGUUUGUGUUUGUUUGGCUUAUAGAAUUUUUUUAUCAGUUACAUUAAUUUUAUAAAACCAUUGAAUAUCAGCAAAAUGUUUAGAAAUAUUAGUAAGUUUCAGUAUAAUAUAUAUUUAGUAUAGAUAAUUAAUUACGGAAUUUUUUAUAUUUUAACAAAUUUUUGAAACUUGGAUUAUCUAAUGCUUUGAAAUUAGCAAAUAUUAAUACAGUAACACACUGAAACUGUCUUGUAGUGAGCACAGAUUUUGAAUUUGAGUAUUAAGGAAAUAAAAUUAUAUUAUGAACCUUGAUCUAGUGAAGUAAUUGCAAGUGUAUAAACAUAUUAAUCAUGUUAAUGGUAAAUUGAUGUGAAGAUAUAAAUGUGGGAAUAAAAUCUGUAAAAUAAAAGUG